AUGACACGACAUGCCGAAAUCACUGAUAAAAUGAUUACUUCUCUAGGUGAAAGUAUGGCUUUACAACAAGCCCUACUUCAAGUACCUAUUUUUGACGGCAAAAAUAUGCCUCUAAAGACCUUCCUACAGGAAGUCGAAAACGGACAUAAUUUAAUUCCCGAAGGACUUAAUGCCGCCUACUUUAAUGGCAUACGUUCUAUACUUCGCGAAAUGGCUCGUGAUGCUAUAACUGAUAAAGUAGUAAACUCAAUUGAAACGUUUAAAAAUGCUUUAAGUGAAUAUUUUGCCUUAAAAAAAUCAUACCCUCAGUAUUGUGCUGACAUACAAUCAAUUCGAUUGCGUGAUAAAGAAUCUGUAUUAAGCUACUAUCACAGAAUCAAAAAGAUUAGAGCAAAUGCUAUAGCAUCAUUGCGAGAACAUUUUGUAGAAGAGGAAGAAGUAACCACAAUGACAAAACUACUUGACGGACUCGCAUUAGAAUCUUUCAAACGCGGUUUACCCGAUGACCUAGUUUACGGUGUAAGCGUCCAAAAUCCAGCAAAUCUUGAUGAUGCAUACAAGAUCGCGUUAAGACUAGAGGAAGAUUUGAAAAGUAACUCAACACGAAAUUCUAAUUAUUUGGCAUAUACUCAACUUGACCCUGACGUAGAUCCUCCUAGACGAACUAGGACUAUUAGUUUUCAAGAUGAAGAGCGUCGAGGACAAAUUCCCUUUCGCUUAAAUCGAAACUCACGAUCUCCUAGUCCUGCAUAUAGGCAAACAAAUAGGGAUAAUUCGCGUGAACAUCAAAGAAAUCGGGAUCGGAGUAUGUCACCCUAUCGAUCCCCUCCAAAUUAUUAUCCUUAUCUACCAUCCCCAGGAUAUCUACCUCCUAUGCAUUAUAUGCCAUAUCAAUUUUCUCCUCCAUUUCCCUAUUCACAUCAAAUGCCAUAUUCUAAUCCUUAUCAUUAUGGAAACCAAAAUAAUUAUAAUUCUAAUCAGCAACCUAUAAAUCAAAAUUAUUCAAAAAAUAAUUACAAUCGUGGCGGUUAUCUACAAAAUAAUAACCAACAUAAUUCACCACGACCAAACUCACCAUCUUCAAACUCCAAUGUGGCUCAGCGGAACGACGCGACAGUGAGCACCGGAAACAACCCCGAAACGCGUUCAGCAACGAUCAAAUUCCUAACAAUCGACAAUUUGUCAUGUGCAACAAAAUCCAAGGAAAAGGACCAAUAUAAUUCAGUAUCAAUAAAGGGCAUUACCACAGAAAAAUUAGAUACACUUGGAACUACAGAGAUUACAUUUUUCGAAAAUCCUGAAACAUUUCAUGUUUUAGAGAAUCCACUCCCCAUUUCAACAGACGGUAUAAUCGGAAUCGACUUCUUAGUUAACGAGAAGGUGGAAAUAUCAUUUCACCAUAACACAAUUGUUGCUGACUCUAAACCAAUACACCCCAUACCAUUUGAAGAUCCUGAUGGCAACCCUUACGAUACUCCAACAGCGACUCCUCCAAGAUGA